GGCUGUUGGAUCUUCUUUGCGUUUUCUUCAUUCGUGCAGCGCCAAUCGCGCGGUGUGUGUGUGUUGAGUUUUUCUUAUUUGCAAAAUCGUUAAGAAAUGUCGACGCGCCUCAGUUGUUAAUCAUUUGCCCGAAAAUGCAUUUCAACAGCAAAAAACUUUCGUGAAAAACUAAAAAAAAAAAAAAAAAAUAAAAUAAUAUUCGAAACGUACGAUGUGAAAAUGUGUAAUGUGAAAUUUAGCAGUUAAGCGCGGAUUGUAUGUAUUAUUUAAAUUUUUGUUUCAAUAUUUUCUACAAAAUAAUUUAAAAAACUAAGAAAAAAAUCGGAAAAAAAACGAAAAAAAGCGAAAAAAAGAAGCAAAAACAAGAAAAAAGUUUUUUUUACUCAGUGCAUAUUUUAACGAAAACAAAAACAAAGCGUAACGAAACAAACGGGAAGAGAAGAACGAGCGAGAGAGAGAAAGAAGGAGGAAGAGGUGAAGGCGGGAGCGAGAGAGAAAAAUGUCAACGUUCUUGAACAAUUUCUUCCCGGCAGAUACGGCUGCUAUGGAUCCAAUUUUCUUCUCGCCAACGAAUGGUAUACCGUCAGAGAGUAAACUCGCUACUUAUAUGAAUCGACAGAAUGUCGCCACACCGAGCGGUUAUGGGCUGAAUAACGGGUUCUCACUACUUAAUUUGGAUUCGCCCCUAAAUAAAAAGUCCCAGGUCACGCCGCAGUCGCCCGAGUUCAUUCCAACGCGCAUAAGCUCGACCCCCAAUUUCUACGCACCAUAUCACAACGCGCCCAUGCAAUUGAGUAAUGGGCUCAACGGCGUCAAUGGGUUAACAGCCGCAGCAGCAGCCGCCGCAGCCGCAGCAGCCGCCGCCUCAGUUUCCUCAUCCACGUCAUCGGUGUCCUCCGCCUCGGUGACCAUCAGCAAAACGGCCAACGGCGGCGCCUCCAUGCUCGCCCUGCAAAAGUCCGCCUCGAUCGCCACUGUAACCAUCGCACAACAGCAACAGCAACAGCAGCAGCAGCCACAGCAUCCACAGAAACAGCAACAGCAUCCUCAGCCAGUGGGCGGUGGGGCGGUGUCCGCCGCCUCGGCCCCCAUUGCGAUCAGUGGCGCACCACCGAAUCCCGCCGCAGCUCCAUUCGUCAGCAAUAUGUCCGCCCAGACGCCGCUCAAGGGACGGAGCGCCAUGCUGCGCCAGGAAUCGCCCACGGCAGCGAUGCUUUCGGGCGGAGGACCCGGCGAGAAGUCGCCACCACACGGGAUGACGCCGCACGGAGCAUCGCCCAUACCCACUUCGCUGCCUACCAGCGUCCAUCAGGAGAACGUCGGCGGCACCAUCUACUUCUAUCCAACUGCCAACGCACAGAACAACCAGCCCGUCGUCAAUUCCGUGGUGGUGGACUCUACGCAUCCGGCCCACCACGGGGUGAGUGCCGUGGCACCGAUGAGCGCGGGCGUACCGCCGACCAUGAUGUACACGGGGCAUGUGUAUCCGGGACCGUCCUCCAACGUGAUCACCCUGCAGCCGAAGACGCUGUUGGAGUCGGCCUUCUUCAUGCCCGACGAGAUGCGCUCCGAAAUCCUUGCCCGCAACGAGAUCUCUAACCUGAUCAUGGACGCAGCGGAGGCUGCGCAGCACGCCCUGCCGAUGGAGGUGGACAACUAUCAUGCGCUGUAUCCGCUGGAGCCGCCGGCACAGCCGAUGCACGCCAAGCUCACGCUUCCCGCCAGCACUUAUAGGGCCACGCACAAUACGACGGGCUACAAGUACUGUCUGCGGAGGUUACAUGGUUUCCGCCUGCAGUCGACCAAGUGCAUGACGCUGGUGGAGAUGUGGAAGAAGCUGCAGCACACGAAUGUGGUACAAUUGCGUGAGGUGUUCACGACGAAAGCAUUUGGUGAUAACUCUUUAGUAUUAGUGUACGACUAUUAUCCCGGCUCACAAACAUUACUGGCCAAAUACUUCACACCGGCGCCAGAGACCAACGGGUACACUGAUCCAUUCCAAGGCGAGGCCCGCCCCUUCAGUCAUAAGAGCAACAUGCAGCGAACGAGCAAUGGACCCCUGCUGCCGGAGGCCACCAUUUGGUCCAUCAUCAUGCAGCUGACCGCUGGAUUAAAGGCCAUCCACCAUGCCGGUCUGGCUUGCAAGGUUCUGGAUCCCACAAAGAUCAUAGUGACGGGCAAGCGGGUACGGUUUAGCUCCUGCUGCAUCUCGGACAUAACGCAAUUCGAUCCGAAUGCGGCCAAUCCCUUGGCACUGGUUAAUAUGCAUCAGCAGGACGAUCUGACCGCUCUGGGUCGCUUAGUAUUAGCUUUGGCCUGUCGCUGCCUUCAAUCCGUGCAACGCGACAACGUCCAGUCGAGCAUCGAUAUGGUCACGCGAAACUACUCCACCGAUCUGCGAAACUUUAUAGUUUACCUCUUCACCACGAAUAACCGUCGCUCGGUGACCGAUCUGAUGCCCAUGAUUGGUGCCCGCUUCUACACCCAACUGGAUGCCCUGCAGAGCCAAAUUGAUAUGCAGGAGGAUGAGCUGGCCAAGGAGAUGGAAAACGGUCGGCUAUAUCGCAUUUUGGUCAAACUAAACAGCAUCAACGAGCGACCCGACUUCAAUUUGGACUGCACUUGGUCCGAGACUGGUGAUAGAUACAUGUUGAAAUUAUUCCGUGAUUAUUUGUUCCAUUCCGUCACUGAGGAUGGCCGGCCCUGGCUAGAUCACGCACACAUUGUACAAUGCCUCAACAAGCUGGAUGCUGGCUCCAUAGAGCGCGUGCAACUGAUGUCCCGCGACGAGCAAUCGGUACUCAUCGUCUCCUAUGCUGAACUCAAGAAUUGUCUGGAGAACGCCUUCUCCGAACUGAUGUCAAGUGCGGCCAACUGAGCAACCUCGGGGUUUAAGCCAGCUGGAAACGGAAAACAGGAUUCCUGAUUCUAAUUGCUGAUCCUGAAAACACGCGCAGCUCACUUAGCCACCCUCCGCACGACCACAAAGCGACUACGAUUAAACGGAUUAGCCACUAAGCGAAACAUUCAUUACGACUAAGACAUUUUGAGAACCCAUAAAACAAGUAAAUAAUACGAAGAAGAUGUUUAUUGUUAAGCCAAAACAGAAAAACCAACAAAAACGAAAAAAAAGAAAGAUGAAAACCGA